AUGGCCGCCGCCGCACCUCUUCACCCUCCGUCGCUCUCUAUGCGCACGAAUGACGCCCAGGCGACUGCAGGGCACGCUUCUCCGACUAAACACAGGUCCAGGCUGAACAACCCCGCCGCCCUCAUCGACGGCUGGCGACAGACGCUGCGUCCUCGCUCGCCUGCGGAUCAGGACACGCCGUCCGCGCAACCGCACUCGCCGGGGCGGGGACAGCAGGAGUGUGUGAAGGGGCAGUAUGGAGCGGCAGGGGCGGCCGCAGGAGCGGGCUACGGAGGAGCACGACGAGUCCCGCCGUCCGUUGUUUCCUCAUCAAACCGACUGUCGACAAACCCGUCUCUCCUCUCGCUCGACAGGCCAGCGUCGCCGAACACUACAGUAGACCCGUACGGCGCACCUCCUCCUUCCUCGCCCCGGUACGCCGCCCCCUCGCCGCCGACCACUGCCCUACCCGCUCCCGGCUACCGCCACUCCUCCCACGCCCCUCAGUCCGCCUACCAGCCCGCAUUCUCCCACUCGAACCGUUCACAUACCUCCGUUCCACCAUACGCGAGCGGCAGCGGAGGCGGCCGACACCCCUUCGCCAAGUCUCACCAGCACGCCCCGCCUGCGCAGCACCCACACCAGCGACACGGGCGCUAUGAUGCCGACUACGACCGCUCGCUGCCCGUAUCUGCACCCUCUGCGACUUCAUCGGGCGGAGCGACUGCCGGUCCUUCGCGCGAGCUGUAUGACCCUCGCUCAUCAACGCUCCCUCCGUCUACCCAAGCGCCUCUCCCUCCGCCCGUCCCGCCCGUCCACCGCUCUUCGCGCACACCAGCCGCACAUCCGAGCGACUCUGCACCUCGACACCGCCCCGAGCGCGAAGUGCGGGAAGACGGAGGCCCCGGCUUGUCGUCCUCUCGCCGUCCAGCCCGUUCGAAGCGCGAAGCAAUCGAUCCAGCAGACUUGGGUCGCCGAGUGGGCGCAGGAGCGAGCGGGUCACGUGCCGAUGCGCAUGCGAAGGACAGUAAGGAGAGUUUGGAGAGUGUCGAGACGGAUUUCAGCGGACGGACGAGGAGUUCUGGGCGUCAGAGGAGACGGCGACGAGAAGGAGAUGAAGAAGCAGAGGGAGACGGCGGAGCGGGUGGAGCGGCGGGGAGGAGCAGGCAGCUGUUCGAUCCGAGGAGGGAUGACCCGAUGCGGUUCACCCAGGCUGCGCCCGCACCGAGCGCGAGGACGAAGGACGUCCGCUCGCUAGCGAACGGCUCGGUCCUCUCGUUCCAGUCGAGCAUGUCGGACGUGAUGGCUUCGCCUGCAGGCGGAAGCGACUACACCGCACCGGGCGGCGCAGACGACGGUGCCAGUAUCCUCACGGGCGGCUCGGCACGGUCGCGCAGCAGCCAGCACCCCGCUCUUGCCCACAUCAAGCGGUUGUACAAGGAGAUCACGACGCUUGAGACGCAGUUGCAGGAGGAGAAUCGCGCGGCACAGGCUGCGGCGAGUCGAGAUGCAGAGGGCGAGGAGGGCAAGGCCGCUGGCGUGCGGAUUCAGGGUCAGGCGAAACGCUUUGAUGACGAGUACUGGGUCAAGUUGGCGAGUCGGCAUAAGCAACUCGUCGAGGCUCAUUUCGAGUUUCUCAAGUUCGCUCUCGACCCGUCGCAUCCCGCUUCCUUCCAGUCCCUCCCUCAGCGCUACAACAUCCCGACCCGCCUUUGGCAAACCGCAUUCCACCAGCUCCUCGAGCGAAUGCGUCACGCCGUUCUCGCCUCCCCCUUCCGGCCCGACUCUGCCUCUUCCUCAUCCGCAAACGUCCUCGAACACCUUAUCGAGUACUGCCAGUGGGCAUACACGUUCUACUCGCAGCUCCUCGACGAACCGCUCGUCGCGAGUUUGCAGGCAGCAUGGAUCGAGCAGCUUGGCGAUCUCGCCCGCUACCGCAUGGCCGUCGCUGGACUCGCAUCACGCGUGCAUGCAGCGCAGCAGCAGACGUCGGCGUCCGCAUCGCUGACGGCCGCCGCGCUCGACGCGCACGAGAAGGGCGAAGCGGAGGACGCGAAACCGCCUCGCCCUGCGGACGCGGCCUCGAUCGGUCAAGCGGCGCUCAAUGACUGGGACCUCGAGGAGCAGGAGACGUGGCGCGAGAUUGCGAAGGAUUGGUAUGGUCAAGGAUUGGCGGAGAAUCCGGGAACGGGGAGGUUGCAGCAUCAUUUGGCGCUGUUGAGCAAGGGCGAUGAGUUGAGAUCGCUUUAUCACUACUGCAAGAGCCUCACCGCCGCACACCCUUACGUCUCCGCCCGCGAAUCAAUCCUUCCGCUCUUUGAAGACGAGCACCAGGCUCGUCGCACCCAGCCCGACGUCACCAAGGCCGAGUUGUUCGUUCACCUUCACGGCAUGCUCUUCACCAAGAUCUCGCUCGACGACUUUGACGAGUGCCUCGAGCGCUUUGUCGAGCGACUGAGAGAGGAAGGCUGGGCGCUCAACAAGGCCAAGGAUGACUGGACGUCGAUGGAGCAGGACGCGAAUGCUCCAUUCGGCGACCGCGAGUGGUUCAUGCUCGGCAUCAUCAACAUCGCCGCUCUCUUGCAGUACGGUGCCGAGGACGGCGUCCUCCGCAAGCUCAUGAACCGCGACUCGUACGACGCGCCCGAAGCUGCUGGCUCGUCUCGCCGGCAUGGUCAGCACGCCUCGACUCGGCAUGUUGCGUCGGCGUCGAACAACAAGGCCCGCCUCGCGCCGCAGGCAAUCAUGGUCAAGCGCGCCGAAGAGCUGACGCAGUCAUCUGCCGUCUCCGACAUUGGCGACGAUACUGAGCGGGCGAGUAGCAACGGUACCGCCGUCCCCGGCGAGGACGUCGUCAAGCAGCUGAACGCGCCUGUGCCGUCCUCGCCCGAAGACGACCCUCUGCCCUUCAAGCUCGCCCAGCGACUCGCUUUCUCGCUCCUUUCGGUUGCUCUGCAAGAGCCGUUUCGUCGCCUCGCCACGACCACCGUCGUCAAUCCCUACGUCACGGUUCUGCUUACCUUCCUCGCUCACCUCUCCUUCCACCCCGCCGCGUUCAAGCACGUCGAGCGAGCCGUCCCAUGGCAGCAGCUCUCCGAGCUCUUCGGUCGCAUCCCGCCCGUCGUCGAGAUCCGCCUCGAAACGCCCCCGAAGCUCGUCGGCGGCAAGCCUCUUCCCGAGGACUGGUGCAUCCGCGGCAUGGACUGGGCAGGUCGUCAGCUUUUCGGUCGCGGGUACUGGCGCGAGCACCGUCACCGCUCAGCGCCGGAAGUCGCGGGGCUGCCGCCGCCCAUCGAAGGUGUCGAAGGCACGACUGUCCGCGUCGAGAGCGAGAUGGACGCCCUCAAAUUCGAUCUCGCUGCUCUUGACGAUGUGACCGCCGCCUCGACCACCGACGACGACUACGCGGUCGGCCAGGCCGCGCCAAGCGGAGAGGCGUACCGCAGCCUUGCGAUGCAGCUUGCCGAAGGACGCUGGCGCCGACUAGCCAUUUGCGCGGCGUGGAUGGUUCGCAACAUCCCCGGCUUCGACUUUGAUAUGCGCACGAUGGACCUCAAGCAGCGCUUCCGCGUUUCGGGCGUCCUGCGCGACAAGAUCGAGCGCUGGAGGCAGGAGGAUGAGGAUGCGCGGGAGGCAGAACGGCUCAGUCGCCUCGCGCUGGAGGACAAGGCCGGUAGCGCUGCCUCGGCGGAGGAGGAUGGCGACGAAAGCGACGAUGAGGAGGACUUUGAGGACGAGAACGAUUCGGAGGAGGUCAAGGAGCUCAAGGCCCGCCGGCGCCAUCUCAAGGCGAUCAUCCGCCAGGCUCGCUCGGCUACUCGCUCGUCCGGCAAGGCCAGCCUCAAGGUCAAGCUCGGCGGCAAGGCAGCGUCGCUGCCCAAGGUCUUCCCCGGCUACACGAUCCUCGUCUUUGACACGAACGUCCUCCUCACGUCGAUUCAGCUCUUCAGCGAGCUCGUCGCCGCAGAGUGCUGGACGAUCAUUGUUCCACUCGCCGUUGUUACCGAACUCGAUGGCCUCAAGCGCAACUCGACUCCGCUCGGCGUUGCAGCAAACGAGGUCAUCGACUACCUUGAGCAGGCGAUCCGCGGCUACUCGCGCUUCCUCAAGAUCCAGACAAGUCGCGGCAACUACCUCAAGGACCUUGCCAUCCGCAACGAGUCGAUCGACUUUCGCGGCGGAGCCGAUUCGUCCUACGAGGGCGGCGACUACGGCUCGUCCAACGACAUUGCCCGCACAAUGGACGACGUCAUCCUCCGCGCCGCCACCUGGCAGAAGGACCACUUCACGAACCGAGUCGCGCUCGUCAACCCCCGCGCCAUCGCCGACAAGGUCAAGGUCCCGAGCGAUGCCGCACAGGUCGUCCUCAUCACGUUCGACCGCAACUUGCGCCUCAAGGCUCGCGCGAGGGGUCUCGAGGUGACGGACGAGAAGGGCCUGAAGAAGGCGCUCGCCGCAGGAGGCUGA